GAAAUACGUACGACAGAUCAAUUAUAGUUGACGGAGAAGAAGCAUCUCUCGUGGUGUUUGACAUAUGGGAGCAGGAUGACAGCCAAUGGCUUCAGAACCACUGUAUGAAAAUGGGAGAUGCCUAUAUUAUUGUAUAUUCAGUGACAGACAAAGUUAGUUUUGAAAAGGCUUCUGAGCUAAGAAUCCAGCUAAGAAGAGCAAGGCAAACAGAAGACAUUCCUAUUAUUCUUGUUGGCAAUAAAAGUGACCUGGUCAGGUCCCGGGAAGUCUCAGUUGAUGAGGGACGGGCCUGUGCCGUUGUGUUUGACUGCAAAUUCAUCGAGACCUCAGCUGCUCUUCAUCAUAAUGUCAAGGACCUGUUUGAAGGUAUUGUUCGGCAAAUCAGACUUCGCAAAGACAGUAAAGAAGACAACGCUAGGAGAAUGGCCAACACAAAAAGAAGAGAAAGCAUAGGCAAAAAAGCAAAGCGAUUCCUUGGGAGAAUUGUGGCAAAGAACAAUAAGAAGAUGGCUUUCAAAGCAAAAUCAAAGUCUUGCCAUGACUUAUCUGUGCUUUAGAAGCUUUCAGCAAGGCCAGAUGUUGCACGUGGGUGAUGAAAAAGCAUUUGACUCUUAUGAGAAGUGUAUGGAUGAUCCUCAUGGUGAUAUAACAAGAAUGACUUCUCAGUUGAGACUCUCAUUAAUGCCUUAAGGUGCACAAGCAAGUCCGGAAGUUACUCUACAAUGUCUGCUUCAUUGAUAAAUGGUUUAAGUUUCAAUGUGUACAAGUAACUGAACUUUAAAUAAGUGGCUUGAUAUGGCCAUAUUUUCACUGUGUACAUAUGUUAUAUAUCCUCUUGUCCUGUGGAUACCAGUGAUGCAAAGAUAAGAAAGGAUGAUGAUGAGUAUCACCAUAGACUUGUCUCAUUUGCAGAGCAAAACUUUAACUUGUACGCAGGCUCGUACACUCUUUUUAGUAUAAAGCAAGCAAUGAUAAAUCUUUUUAAACUUAAAUGUGGGGAGGCGGGAGUAGAACCAUAUUAGAAUGGGAGAAAACAAGUUAUAUAUAUAUAUAUAGUUAAAUACAGAACAGAUAUCAUUUUAUGAAGUUAAUUUGCACUUCCAUUAACAGUUAUUCAAUUAAUUUGUUACUUGUUUACAUGCAGAUUUUAUAAUAAAGUAUUAUUUCCUGUUAUAA